AUUCAGUGCAUUCGUAGCCUACUGACCGCUUCAAAGGCAGAAAAGAAAUUCAAGCUCUCUCUCUCUCCUUCUUCAACCCAUUUCCGGCACACGGCACACCAUUGCAGGGGAUAGUUGCAAACGCCAGAUCAAUAAAAAUGCCAACUCACAGUGAAGGUGGCCAAUGUCGAUCAGGUCGAUUUUUCCUGUUAAAUCAAUCGUUUUCUUCAAUUACCGCUGCCAACAAAGCUGCCGCGCUGAUUUCGAUUGUGUUAAUGUUGCUACAAUCUAACACCCCAACGGUCGAAGCGUUGCGCUGUUACGCCUGUGGUUUAACGCAAACUUCCGGCGACGUGCGCUGCGUAUCGGAGCCACAAAGUGUGGAGGGCCAGAGUGUCGUAACCUGCUCCAGGAAGUAUUGUACCAUCACGCGGCAGGAGUUAGUGGAUCCUCCCGGCAAGCUGGUUACUUUUCUGCGAGGAUGCGAAGAGAACCCAUUGUAUCUUGACGAAGUCAUCGAAGAUCCCACCUUCAUCACCUACUACCGGUCGUGCACGACCGAUCUGUGCAACGAUGGUGACGCGCUCGGAUCCUCCGGUUCCGCCCUGACCGGGCUCAACGAGGGUGCAUCAGAUAAUCUGCUCGUGCCCGGAUUGCCGAGCAGUGGUGGCUCUGGAACGGCACCGGCAGCGACAUCUCCAUUACUGGUGAUCAUUAAAAUCACAUCACUGUCGCUAUCGGUGGCACGCAUCGUCGCGUAGAGCGCUUCCUCGACGGCUUCCUUACUCUUCUCUUCCUGCACGGAGAAAAGGGCAACUGCGCGGGCCUGGGGAUAUAUUAAUGAGAUGAUGAUGAUGAUGACGAUGGCGAUGGGUGGAGGUGAUGGAUAAAAGUUCAAUAUUCAUAAUCCAUUCGCCUUUCGGGCCCACGUGCGUGGGGCAUUCGUCGAUGAAAACGAACGACCAAAGUUUAUUUACUUUAUGUGGAAGUUAUUAAAUAAAUAAUGUUCUUCCUUAAUGGAGGAAAAGGUU